AUGUUCGGGUUUUUAAACUUCCAGACAAAGAGAACAGCCCUUAAAAGUCAUUCCUCAGGACAUCAUUCGUCUUCACAUCAUUCCUCUACUUCAACAAGAAGCAGAUCCCAUUCAAGCUCCAAAACAACACCUUUGGCAACCGGUCUUACAAUUGGAGCCAUAGUUAUAAUAAUUGGUGUUGCAUUAGGGUGCAAAUACUGCAAGAAGAAGAAACAAGUUCAGGCUCAAGAAGAGGAAGAACAAAAGAAGAAGGAUGCUGAAUUAGGCAACCAAGAUCCUGGAGUUCCAGCACAACCAAUUCCACAAACAUACGAUACUAAUCAGCAACAAAAUCAAGCCAUGCCUCCACAAUAUCCACAGCCAGAUCAACAAUACCCACAGCCAAAUCAGCCUUACCCUCAACAAGGAUAUCCUCAGCCUUAUCCUCAACCAGGAUACCCUCAGCAAUAUCCACCUCAAUAUCCUAACCAGCCACAGCAAUACCCUCCACAAGGAUAUUAUCAGCAACCUGCUCCAGGAAAUUAUCCAAAUCAACAGGUUUACUAUCCUCCAAACAAUCAGCCUCCUCCAUCUAAUUAA